ACUGGGUUUGAGUCGCAGGGCAGCGCUCGUCAAUCAAUCGUAUUCUUGAAUUGGCUCGCUUCUGACACGUUCCCCAUGCUGGCCAUUCUCCACUCGAAAACCGCGCUCUUCUCCCUACGUGCCAUCACGAUGGUUGUCGCCGCCUUUGUCGCAACAUACGUCUGGGUGAAUCAGCACCGUCCAUGCGACCCAGCAGCCGAAGCUCGAUACGAUCUUGACCAUGAAGACGUGCCGUUGAUGACGUCAGCCCUUGUUAUCACCAUUUUCAUCCCUGUGUGGAUGGGUUUGCACCGCUUCCGGUUCAACUGCGUCGUCAAAUUCAAUUAUGCGUGCGAACUGUUGAGUUUCGUACUCGUGUUCGUCCCGACCGUGUAUUGGGGCAGUUCCCGCACCGCGAGUCUCGCGUGCGACGGCCGCAGACGACGCAAGUCCGUCUGUCUUCAGAACACAUGUACCAUCGUCCGCGCAAGUAUGAUCGCAUCGUGUGUCCUAAUGGGAAUGUUGGCGCUGUCCAGUAUUGUCGUACUACAUCAGUGGCGGGCAUCUGCCAUUGUGUCGCUCAACAAAUCGUUGGCGGCGCCCGACGGCGAAGCGACAAUCAUCGACGUCGAAACCCCACGCGGCACGGACCACACAGAGAUUCAAACCCCCAUGACCGUGGAUGGAAGGACCUUGUCGAUUCAGUCGUCGUUGUGAACAUACAGGUCGUUGUGCCGCCAGGCAGUCGAAUUCGUCAAAUACACCUGUCGUCCACGUCAUCCUUCGUUGUAGCAGGCCAACACCGAGGUUUGCCUCGGCAAAGCGAGC